CUGAACGAUUGCUAUCAGCCUAUGUGAAGCCAAAAAAGUUUUCGUUCCCCACGUCACAGGGCGGAUGAAAUAGCAGGUUCUUUUUGAACGGCCUAUUUUAACUCUAACCCAAGACCGGCGGCAGCUAGCAAUUGAGCACCUGCAAAAUCUCUGCCAUAAUCUCCACUGAUCAUAGUCUGAGCAGUGCAAUACCAAUGGCCGAGUCUGUUGUUUCGUUCGCGGUGGAGAAAAUAGGAAACCUGCUCAUCGACGAGGUCAAAUUCUUGAGGGGAGUGAAGGGCAAGGUCGAUGACCUAUACAGCGCGCUGAGGCGGGUCCAGGCCUUGCUGAGGGAUGUGGAUGCAAGACGAGAGCGCAAAAAAGCUGUGGAAGAAUGUGUCGCACAACUCCGAGACUUUGCCUAUGAUGCUGAGGAUGUCAUCGAGAGAUACUACCUCAAAGCGGCGCUGACGGAGGGACAAAACAUCAUCAAGGCGUAUGCUUGCUUCAUGGCGAAGUGCUCGUGCGUGCAGGUUCAUGAGGUGGGGACAGAGAUCGAGAGCUUAAAAUCCAGAAUUUCUGAAAUUGGUGAUGAGAUGCAGAAAUACGGCAUACAGCCUCUGAAUGAGAGCGAAUGCGAAACCGCGAGAGCUUCGACGCCAGAACGGACUUAUGCCCAUUUCGAGGAGGAAGAUUUUGUCGGGAGGGAAGAUCAUAUCAAGGUGUUGGUGAACGAGCUGUUGAAGGAUGGAGAACAACAGAGAGUUAUUUCCAUUUGUGGAAUGGGUGGUUUGGGUAAAACCACUCUUGCUAAGAAAGUCUUUGCUCAUGAAAAAGUGAAGAAGCAUUUCCAUGGUUUUGCUUGGGCUUGCAUAUCUCAAGAGUACCGGGUGAGGGAUAUCUUGGAGGGAAUUCUAGUUAAGUUGAACCCUGAUCAAAGAGAAGGGGUUAAGGAGAUGAAAGAUGACGAUUUGUUAGAAACUUUAUACAAGACCCAAAAAGAGAAGAGAUGUAUUGUGGUUCUUGACGAUAUUUGGACCGAACGGGCAUGGGUUGGUCUUAGAAACGCAUUCCCGACCAAGGACACGAGAAGCAAGCUAUUGAUAACAACCCGCAAUAGGGAAGUAGCUCAGCAUAUCGAUCCUCAUUGUUUUCUCAAUGAACCUCAGUUCUUAUCACAAGAGGAGAGCUGGAAUCUGCUAAAGAAGAAGGUUUUCCCUCAAACAAAAGGAUUAGUUGUUGAAAUUUCUUCUGAUGGACCUAGAGUUGGUCAAGAUAUUGUUGCGGGCCAAGUUGUAGAAGAUAUUGCAAAACAGUCAGAGACAGAGGGACAAAUACCGGUAAUCACUGAAGACAUGAAGAUGUUAGCAUAUAAACUCCUUAAGAAGUGUGCAGGAUUGCCCUUGGCUGUCGUUGUGCUUGGUGGACUUUUGGCACACAAUGAUUGGGAGACAGUUCACAAAACCAUCAAUUUGCAUUUUAAUGAUAAGCGUAAUGUAUCAGAAGUGUUAGCCUUAAGCUAUGACAAUUUACCAUCACAUCUAAAGCCAUGCUUCCUCUAUUUGGGUAGUUUUCCUGAGGAUGCAGAAAUCCAUGCAAAGGAAGUUCUUUACAUGUGGAUUGCUGAAGGUUUUGUGUCGCUAAACGCAAACAACAAAGCGAGAGGAAUUUCAGUGGAAGAUUUAGCAGAGCAAUAUGUAAUGGAGUUUGUUAACAGAGGAAUGGUUCAAGUACGAUUCAAUUUAAUUGGAAAGAUCAAAAGCUUCCACCUCCAUGACUUGAUGCGAGACUUAUGCAUCUCUAAGGCUCUAGAAGAGAGUUUUCUAAGCAUUCUUAACAUUCAACAGGACAAUGAGACGGAGAAUUGUUCUACUUCAAUGGCAAUAAAAGUUGGGUCAAGUUGCAAAAUACGAAGGCUUUCUCUUAAUAGAAAUGUGAUUCCAAGCUUAAAAGCAUCAAGAAGGACUUUGGUCCACCUUCGAACUCUCAUGUCCUUCGGAGGUGUCAAAUGGGAGUCGAAGCAAUUUCAGCCUAUUUUCAACUAUUGUAAGUUUCUCAGAGUUUUGAAACUAGAGAACCUUAAUGUGAAGAGAAGCUUACCUAAAUCAAUGGGAGACCUAGUCCAUUUACGAUUCUUAAGUUUAGCAGGAAGUGAUUUUAACAGCUUGCCGCAAUCUAUGGGGAACGUUGUAUGUAUGGAAUUCUUGGACUUGGUUGUGACUAGAUAUAUUACGGUUUCCAUCCCAAAUGUGUUGUGGAAGAUGAGAAGGUUGAGGUAUCUCCAUCUUCCCCACAAAUUUGCCAUCAAGGAGAAAAUCCUUUGGGAUCGAAAGAAGUUGCGGUUGGGCACGUUAAAGAAUCUACGGACAUUGAAAAACUUUGAUUUGAAGAAAUGUGAUGUGAACGAUAUAGACAAGUUUACCAAUCUGCAAAAACUGACUGUCCUUGACAAGUAUGGUUGUGUUAAGCUAGAGAUGUUUCCACAGCUUGUUGAAUUCAAUUUGAAACAUCUUCGAUUCUUGUCUUUGUAUCUGCAAUAUAAUUUAUGGACUGAAGGUGAAUUGAGUAAAAUGUCAAAUUAUCCUCAUUCCUGUAAGCUGUUCAUAAAUGGAAGAAUAGAGAAGUUACCAGAACAUAAGAGUCUACCCCAACAAUUGAGGAAGCUGAUCUUAAUAGAUUCUCAGCUCAAAGAAGAUCCGAUGCCAAUAUUGGAGAAAUUGCCUCACUUGGUUUUUCUCAUGCUGGGAUAUUAUGCUUUCAUGGGAAAGGAAAUGGUUUGCUCUGCGGGAGGCUUUCCUCAACUCAAGCAUUUACUUUUUGAUGCAUUACUUGAUUUGGAGGAGUGGAGGGCCGCUGAAGGAGCCGUGCCUCAUCUUUCUCGAUUAGGGAUCUACCUUUGUCCCAACUUGAGGGUGGUGGUACCUCCACGUAUCUCUACAUAUGACGGUUACGACGAAUCAUUGAAGGAGUUGGGGAAGUGCGGCCUUUUUUGAGAGAGGGAUAAUGAUGUGGGUGGCCAAGGGUGGCCCCAGCUGUUCAGAGAGAGAGAGGAGGGAGGGGCGCGUGGAGCUUGUGGGUUGUUAGGGGGGUGGGCCCCCCUAGAAUAAAUAAUCUAAUCUCAUAUAUCAUAUAUAAUUGAGUGAAAAUAGAGAGUAUUUGUAUUAUGGCAUUCCUUUACUAAUUAUUUUUCAUGUCUGUCUUUCCAUCAUAAAUCAUCAUUCGUUUCGUUUUCCCUCUCAUCCCUGAGGACUUCCCAAUCAGUGGGGGGUGGAAUCUGCUGUUUCACACUCGCUGUCGAGAGAACUCAGCGACUUUGCUCAUGGAAGACAGCAAAGUUCUCGCGAGCGCCGCGAGGAGGAGGAGGAGGAGGAGGAGCGAAUUCGUUGCGUCUCUAAAAGACGGUGGAUGGGGGGAGGCAUCUGAAGAAAUAAGAGUCGUCGCUUGUCGUGGCGUUGGAAGACAGUCAUCGUUGGAAGCUGCUGCCUUGGAGAGGGGAGGAAAGGAGAGGAGAUCCGAUCAUUUCCAUACUGCUGGUCAGGUGUUUGACGAAAUGCGAAUGCGGAGUAGGAACUGGGGUACAUUUAUCUGAAAUGGGCGUGUUGCUUCCGGCUUGUGCAAUUGAUUUCUUUGUAUAUAGAUGAACGAUGACGAGAAAUACAACGGUGCAUUUUGCAUCUGCCAAUCUCCUACAUAUAUAUAUAUAUUUUUAUCAGUAUCCCAGUCUCCUACAUGUAAAAGGCUGCAAGGUAUACUAAAAGAUUCUGUCGUGUGUGCUCACAUUAGUCUUUCCCUUUGAACGAUGUUGAUGAAAUUGCUGGAUGUAGCGAGAAAGCAUAUGAUUAUUUGUCAAUCGGUGACGCUCAGCAAAUGUUGCUCUUCUCCUGCGACCAAGAACUCACGGUAUAUAUUGAGGAGGUGAAGAUACUCUAAACAUUAGUAUGAUGGAUUUUCCAGUUGCCUUCUUCAGUUUCCACUUCUCAGGAAGGUUCCAAUUAUGAUGAGCUCUUCAUGAAACAGAGAGCUUGAACAUUCCAAAUAGCUGAAGGAACUUCAUAAUUCAGUUAUAGUUUUCUUCA